UGGUAGCUUGAUUGCAAGUGAUCCUAAAGAGCCGAACGAGCAGUCGGUGCAGUCGUGUUCGGGUGAUGAUGACCCGCUGGUGCAUGACAACAGCAACAUACAAAUGGAUAUACCCACAACGUCUGGCACAUCGCAGCUGAUAAUUGAACCCGUUGAGCCAGAGGCUUCAUUCUCAGGUGAAGAACACCUGGCGGAUGAACAAAACGGUGAAAAUGUUGAGAAGCCACUGACAGACUCCGCACUGUUGGAUUUAUUGGUCGACAUGCAUCACCGAGUGAAAGAUCAAAAUAAGUUUGCCCGAAAAUACUCGGAUAUCGAGAAAGACAUUUGCACUUAUGAUUAUCUAACUGGCGGUAACAAUCACUACGAGUACAUAAAGCGUAACAUCGGAACAAUGACUCUAAAGACAAUUCAGCGCCACAUGAGUAAAUACACCACCAACGUUGUUGAAGGGACUAUUGAUGUCGAAGGUUUGAAAGCCUACCUUGAGGAAAACGGUUACCCGAUGGCAGUAUCGAUUUGUGAGGACGGAACAAGAUUAACCGCAGCAACGGAGUACAGCUAUACCGACGACAGUCUAACCGGCCUAGUUGCGCCCUUUGAUGAGAAUGGCAUGCCUGUACAAAAUUUGUUCAAAGCUACAACACCCCACAAAGUUAUGGAAGACGUGAAAAAUUACCCAACAGGCAACUAUGCUUACGUUAUGCUCGCCGUACCGCUUGUGGCUGGAGCGGCACCUUUUGUUCUGUAUUUUGCAUGUUCCGACAAUAAGUUUACACACGUGGAUGUUUUGAACCGGUGGGCAUACCUAGAGGAAGUCCUGAGUUCAGUCGGAAUUCGAAUCGUUUCGUAUAACGCUGACGGAGACCCUAGGCUCCUCAAAGCGAUGAACAUCCGCGCCGGCCUGGACCAGGAAAGACAACCAUCUCCUUUGGGUGGAUACUACAUUGUUAAUUCCAACUACGCACCUAAUGCGCAAGAUGCUACGCAUGGGACAAACAAGUUCAGAAAUCGGCUACUUACAAGGGACCUGAUAAUUGGUGACUACACGAUCGGAAAAUGCCACUUAAACACGCUGAUCAAAAAGUACAAGAAAUUCCAACACGGUCUAACUUGGUCGGACAUCAAUUUGAAGGACAAAAUGAAGUACGCGCCCACGCUCAAACUGAUCAAGCAAUCACUGAUAGACUUCUUGGUGGCCAAUGUCGAGGGAAGCUUGGGAACCGCAAUUUUCCUAAAACUCAUGCAACUUAUGCACCGUUCCUUCAUUGAGGAGAACAUCGAACCACUUCAAAGAAUUUAUUACAUUUGGACUGUAAACUUCUUCGUCAGAGCAUGGAGAAACUGGAUUGGGCUAAAUCGCAAGCGUGGCUUAACUUACGAUCAAUGCGUGACCACUAACGCAUACAAUUGCGUGGAGUUGAAUGCGCAUGCGCUAAUUGCUUUUAUCAGGGACUGCCGAGACCGAAAUGUUCCUGAACAAUGUUUGAUUACUUUUCUGUCGAGUCAACCUUGUGAAAAGUUGUUUGGCCAAUUAAGGACAAUGGCAUCUACAAAUCAAACCGUCGUAAAUUUCACCAUCAAGGAGCUUCGAGCAAAACUGAAGAGACUCCAAAUGAAGACUUGCAUUAUGCAUAAAUAUAACGGUGAAAUUAACUUCCCAUCGCUCGACAAGUUCAACAACGCUCACCCUCCACAAGUUCUGCCAAAUGAUAUCGAGAUCACAAAUGAAGUUUCGAAGGCUGAGCUCACCGCGCGACAGAUGCUGCAGAGUCUUGGUUUGAGUGACGGAGAAAUUGAUUUCACAGACUCACUUAUCUUGAGAUCAAACAAUCGACCAAACCAACCAACCGAGUUUGAAUUCGUGGACGCCGACUCUUAUAACGACGAAUUUAGUGAUUUGGAAGAAGAAGAACACGAUGAUGAUGAUCCAGAAAUUGUCGGAAAGUCAACCCAAACUCAAUCGUCGGAAAGUGCAGAUGAUGAAUUCGAUUUUUCUGACACAGUGGAGUUUGUGCAGGUGCAACAGGAGUUUGAUGAGAGAUUGGAAGAGCCUAUCUACGCCAUCGAGGACCUAUUUGACACAAGCGAAGAAUUAACCUUGAAAAGUACCAGCGCUGGUGACAAGCAUGUAUUUAAAAUAAGGGAUUCGACGGGACAUGUAAAACAUAUUAAAAAAUCUACAUUUUUGUGGAUGGUAGCUCCAGGACGACAAAUUCUGUCUGUGGACAGAAAUCAAAGAUUCAGGCAAAAAUAAAAUGAAAUCUUUUCAAAUGGUCAGACGCACUGGUUGAAUAUUUAAAGUACAAUACUGCAUUAUAACAACUUCCAUUACUAACCUCACUGUUAUGUUUGCUUAUUUUAUAAUAUCGAUUAAAACACAUACACCUGUUGAAA